UGAGGUGAAAGAUGCUUCCUUUCAUAGGACCGGAUCUUGUGAGGAACUCUGAUCUAGAGUCUACAGAAGCAUGGCUCCCGGCAUGCAUUGGAAGUGACCAUACCGUCGUUGGAUAUGUAAGGGACCCUGCAGAGGGAAGAGUCAAACGUAUUCGCAAUUAGGGUUCCCGAUAGUGCAAUAGAUUUCUUGAAAGGGAGUAGUCGAGCGAUCCUGCAAGGAAGGACUGUGCUUUUGAGUACCCUCUGGCUCUGCAUUCUGUGAGUCUGGAGUAGAUGGAAGCAACGAGUAAUCUCAAUUUUGUCACUCUUCUUCUGCCUGCAAAAUGGACUGGCACGGGUGUCCAGAUCCUAAUGCGUACUGCCCCCCAGAGCAUUGCUCGGACCCUGUUGCUCAUCACCGCAUUCAGGCUCGAAAACGAGCAGAAGCAGCCUUUGGCGGUGCUGCGAAAGGGUUUCCCCCCAGCAUCCAUUUCAGGGGCGUCGCAGAGGAAAAAGUGACAGCUCGAACUGUCUAUAACGAAGGGAGCUCAGCAAAGCCCCAUUUUGAUCCCGCCCCCUUUUUGAAGGAACGGAGGGUUGCAGCAGCAUCAGGUGGUGCUGAAGAUGACAUGGCGCAGUCAGGGAAGGAAGCGAGAAGCAGUGAGGCGACGCUCCCACACAUUCCAGCGACGGACUCGGCGGGGGUGAAGGUUCCCCUGCUGAAGCUGGGUCAGCUGAACAAGCUGCCAGACCGAGAGCGGGCCCAAUCAUUGAGUGCUCGAUCUGCCACUUCGGCCUUCAAGAGCACCACACAGAGGGGGCCCAGGACGGCCAGAGAGACGAUUGUAGGAUGGCAACCGCUGCGCAGUAGGAGAUCCAGGGACGAAAAGGUGGACCCUGAGCAGCUUCUGGAGACGCUCUUCCCAGAAAUGCACCAGGACUUGAAGCUUCUCUUGGACAAGGACUUUGUUGAGAAACUGAGCGGUGUCCGGACCAAUCCUGAGCUAGAUGGAGAUGUGCAGCAGAGACUGCGGGCCAUGGUUGCUGAGACAAGGGGAGCAGGUGCCACUGAUGCAGGUGACAUCGGGGGUGUGGUUAUUGACGGAAUCAAUGAGAGGAAGGCGAAUGUGGCAGAACCUUUGGCAGCGGGUAGAGAAGAAGUGUCUGGCAUUGGGGAUGGCGUUGCGAGAGGUAAAUUUGGGAAGACAGUGAGGAAAGUGAGUCAGCAAGCAGGACAAGCGGGAAAAGAUGGAGACUUUGAGCAAAGAGCAGCCAUAUGUCGGCCGGUGCUUCCUCACCUUUUCUUAGGGGCGUUGGGAAAUGACACCGGGGUGGGCGCAGGGGACGGUCAAGACUGGGCAGAAGCGGGUGUGUCAAGCACGGCAGGUCUAGGGAAGGUUCAGCAACCCCUCAAAGGUGGACAGAGCUUGGCUCCACCUACAGUCAGGUCAGGGCGGAAACAGAGCAUCACGGAGUCAGCCAGAAGCAGUCGCAGGCGUAGCAGCAACAGUAGUGACAGGAGUUCCAAACCGGAACCCAGCGCGCCGACAAAGCGUGUUCCAGCCCUCGCGAUUGACACCACGAUGCGGAAGAAGAUGGAGACGGUCUCUGCGGAGCUGGAAGAGUACAAGCGGAAGGUGCGCGAGCUGGAGAUCCAGCUCAGCGUGACGUCACCACGCAAAGCUGAGGAGAAGCUGCAGAAAUUGGAGGCGAGACUGCAGGAGCAGAUCUCGGUGCUGGAAAAGCAGUACAGGCUGAAAGUGGACAACAUCAGGGCGGCGCACCGGACGGAGCUGGCGGACUGGAAGGCGUCCGAAGCGGAGAGCAUUCGGACGGCGCUGGAGCGGGCGUGCGAGGCGAAGCUGAAAGCGGCAGCGGAGGAGAGGGAGGGGGUGCAGAGGAGACUGUUGGAGACGCAGACGCAGGCUCAGGCAGCGGAGGAGAGUGCGUCUCAGGAGAAGGCCCUGCGGGCGCCGAUGGAGGCGGAGGUGACUCGGCUGAGGCGGCACUGCAAGGCCAUCGAGAGCCGCAGCAGGGCCCUCGAGCGGGAACUGCUCGAACUUCAGGCCAGGGCAGGGGACACCAAGGGUGCUGCCAGGCUGCUGAGCGAACCGGUCGUCAGCCACCCGGCAUUCUCCCGCCACUUUUCUCUUCGCUCCGACUCCUUAGAUAUCGCUCGGCAGUCCUCCUUCUUGUCCGACGCAUCAGACGGCGCCCGAACCGAAGCCUCCAACUCGAUCCCUGAAGAUAGAACGCUGUCCCAGAGCAACUCCGGCACGUAUUCUUCCGUUCCGGACGGCUCCCAAACGGAACGGACCCCCGCCCGCCGCAGGUCCAACCGCUUGGCUUUCAACAUGGACGCCGCUCAGACGCUAAGCCGAAUAGCGGGAACGAGUUCCGUCCUUCCGAGCGGGGCUCAGACGGAACGGACGCGGGGCGGAUUCGACCGGAGGACGACGCUCGCGUCCGAAGAGGCGCUUUUGACAGAACGCGGCAGCCCCGCCGCCAAAAGGACGCUCCUCGACCUCAGCUCGCCCUCGCUGCACAUGUCCCUCGACUUCUCCGAGCAGAUUGGUCUCGAGGUCAUUUCCGGUGACGACUACAGCGGAACAGCGGAAGAGGUGUCCAAGGGAAGAGCGCCGCUGGGCCCCGGUGGGAGUGUGCGGAUGCCUGUCUUUCCGCCGGAACGUAUGCCAGGGAAACCAAGGGCCGACAUCGGCCGACAAGCGGUUGGCCGAUCGCUCACCUCCCUGCUUCCGAACUCGUCGUCUGGUUGGCGUUAAGUGGCAGUUGAGCAAAGUUUGACAUGAAUAGGGAGGUAUUCGUCUGUUGCCCUCUGAUGAAUUGCUUAAAUAAGCGGCAAAACUGCCAAACUGCAGAGUUCCGCUGCGUCAAAAGAAGGGCAAUUGGACGAUCACAGGAAAUUGAGAGCGUUUUUGGUGGUCAGUACUGAUUUCGAGGGGAGCGUGGGGACAUCCACCAUGCAGGUUCCUUUCAUUGCUUAUUCAUAGGUCUUGCGCAAGAUACGUCUGAUUUAACCAGAGCCGCGUCAAGAAAA